AUGGGGACGCGGCUGCUCCUCGGGGCUCUGAGCGCGCUGCUUUGUUCCGCCGCUGCCGGAGAAGCUCGCGGGCCGCGGAGCUGCGCGGAGACCCGGCGGGCGCUUGCGAGCCGCGGCUUCUCACUCGCUUCGGUCCCGCCCACCCUUAGCUCGGGGGAGCACCUUCGCAUCUGCCCCCAGGACUACACCUGCUGCGCCAGCGAGACGGAGGAGCGGCUCAGCGAGCAAGGGCAGGCGGACCUCCGGGCGUUGUUGGGUGAGACGGGCGCCUUCUCGAUCCGCACGCUGAACUCUCGCCAGCAGCGCUUUCAGGACUUUUUUCAAGAGCUUCUUGCUGGAGCUGAGCGGUCCCUCCAGGCCGUGUUUGCCCGUUCCUAUGGGCGCCUGUAUGUGCAGCAUGCCUGCCUCUUUGUGGAGUUGCACCAUCACCUUAAGGGGCCUCAGCCCAGCCUAGAUGAGGCCCUGAGUGGCUUCUGGUCUCAGCUUUUGGAGCAAAUACUGCCUCUGCUUAAUCCCCAGUAUAGCUUCCCAGAAGGGUACCUGGAGUGUGUGGGGUGCCAGGUGGAAAGCCUCCAUGCCUUUGGAGACAGCCCCCACCAGCUCCGGGUGCAGGGGUCUCGGGCUUUCCUUGCUGCUAGUUUGGAAAGAAACAGUCACCAGCCACAACUUCCAAGAGAAAACAAUGGUGAUUUUAUUCACUGCUUUGCAAAGAGGGUGGACCAGGCACACACAGGUACCGUGGACACGCCCUAA